AUGAAGCUGGCUUCUUCGUUUGUUCUGCUAUCUGUGGUGCUCAAUGCACUAUUGCUUGUAGCAUCUGCAAGUCCCCAAUAUGAUCCAGAACGUCACGAGUAUAUUGUGCCCGUGUCACAGGACGUAGAGGAGAUUAUUGAGGUACCAUAUGAGCAAGACUUUAUUGUGGGUGAGGAUUUGGUUUGCGAUCUUGACGAUGAUGAUGAUGAUGAGACAUGCGAAGAAAUGUGCAUUGAAGCAUACGAAGUCGAUCCAAUGGAUUCUGAAGAAAGCAAUGAGGACACGGAAGAGCCAAUUUUGAAGAAACGUGAGACAAUCAACUAUCACCAAAAUCGUAUCGAUCAUCAAAUCAUUCUGCCACGCAGUUUGUCUGAAGAACAAAACAAAGUGACAAACAAUGGUCCAAUCUUUGUCAAACGUAUGGGCAUGGCAAGCUCUGUGCACUUACCUCCAAAGCAUCUGCUGCAUGGAAAGCGCAGUAUGAAGGAUGGAAGCGCUGAAAGACCUGUGUUAGUUAAGCGAAUGUCUAUCGCUCGUCCAAACAUACGGGUGCCAAUUGGUAAAGGUAAUAUGAAGCGCCGCGGAACAGAGAAUGGAAAUGUUACCGGCUCGAGUCCAAAUUUUGUCAAACGAAAACAUAUCGAUUAUGAAAAGACAUUCAAGAACAACCACCCGGAUGGCAUAGUCGCAAAACGUGAGAUUGGAAGUGAUAAGAUGCAAAUCAAGAUGGUUAAACGCAUGGCAAUUGGCAAUGAGAUGAGAACUGUUUCGAAUGAACGUUGGAAUAUGCCACAUCGUCGUGAAGCUGUCGGUGAAUCUGAAAGCCCCAAUCUGUUCAAACGCAUGGCAGUUGGCCAUGAGAAUCGUGUUACACAUAACGGUAUCCCGAUUUGA